AUGUCGGGGUCAGCGUAUCUGUUCGUGCUGCUGUUGCUGCCAACUCUUUGGGUGUCCGGUGCGCCCCAUCCAUCGGAAACGGUCACGAACGCGGCGCCCGGACCGGACGUUGACAAACUUCUGCUCCACGAACUCACCGAAUCGAGGUGCUCCACCGAUCGCUCUAUUCCGCUACCCACGCUGGCCAACGGCCAUCUGGGGUUUACCGUGUACGAAGAUGCAGUCUACAUGGCCGGGCUCUACAAUGGAGCCGGCGGUCUUAGCCAUCGCGCCAGGAUUCCCAAUGUGGCCAACGUUCGGGUGGACGCCGGCGGAUGCACCCUAGUGCUGGAUAUGGCACAAGGAUUGUUCCGGGUGGUACACCGACCAGCGUCCGGGCUGUACAGGGUCGUCCAGUUGCUCUACCCACACGCACUGUACCGGCGGCUGAUCGUUAAUCAGGUUACGAUCGAGAGGCUCCGGCACCCGGACACCGAAGAAAUCAGCGUACCGUUGAUGCCGCCGGUACAGUUUGCCAGCGAGGACAUCCGCUUCGAGCCCGUCCGUAGCGUGCACUUCAGACUCGACGAAUCACCAGCCGAGGCCGACCUGAAGACAGGGAUUCUAAUUUAUCAGAGCUGCGGCGAAACGGUCGAGGUGGAGGAUCGGCCCCACCAGCCGGCGGGCAGCGCGGUGUGUGUGCUAUGGAAUCACGUUCCAGAACGGCUCACACUGAGGCCGGCCGAGUCGUCGGUGUCGUUUAAAUUUAUAAUGACGGUUGAUGGCGAUGUUGGUGUCGCGCGCAACGAACUACGAACAGCCCUUCUGCAGCCGGACGAAGAGUUACUGCGGGCGCAUACAUCACUGUGGGGCUCCCUCUGGAACCGCUUCGACGUCCUCACCACCGGAAACGACCAGCUACAGCGCGCGGUACGGGCGAGCAUAUUUUAUCUGGUCAGCAACCUACCGUUCGGCGAAAGCUUCGCUCGGGCACCGGGUCCGUUCGCCGGACUCAGCCCUACCGGGCUGGGUCGCGGUGGUACGGAUUUGGCCGACUACGAGGGUCACUCGUUCUGGGACACGGAGAUCUGGAUGUUCCCGGUGUUGAACCUGAUCGACCGUUCGUACGCCCGGCGGUUGAUCGAGUAUCGCACGGCGCGGUUGACAGCGGCCAAAAAACUGGCGGCUGCAACGGGAUUCCCUGGGGCUAGGUUCCCCUGGGAGAGUGCCUUCACGGGCGUGGAAGUGACGCAACCUUGCUGCCCGGAAGUGGCCCAGUAUCAGCACCACAUCACCGGCGACAUCAGCUUUGCCGUGCGGCAACAUCUCGCUGUAACGCAAGACCUUGGCUGGCUGCAGGAAUCGGGAGCCUGCCGGAUGGCGCAAGAGAUCGCUGCGUUUUGGGCCGCCCGUGUGACCUUCAACUACUCCGGAACCGGCCAGUACGACAUCGCAGCGAUAAUGGGACCGGAUGAGGAUCAUGAAAAUGUUACUAACAAUGCGUACACGAACGUGAUCGCGGGCUACGCUUUGUAUUUUGGCGACUUUGCUGGCUGCCUCUGCAACAACUCUGGAUCUGGAGCGAAUUGGAGCGAAAUCGCCAAGCGCCUAAAACUACCGUAUGACUCCGUGCUCGAUUACCAUCCACAGUACGAUGGUUAUCGUCCUGGGACGGUCAUCAAACAGGCUGACACGGUUCUGCUUGGUUACCCGCUCCAGUACACCGGACAGACCGCAACUACCAGAAGCAACGAUCUGAAAACCUACGAAGCAGUGACUCGCCCCACGGGUCCUGCCAUGACCUGGGCAAUGCACAGUAUCAAUCACCUGGACUUGGGCGAGCUCAGCCAGGCGGCCACCUACCUCAACCGCAGCUACCAGCCGCACAUGAAGGGGUCAUUUUUGGUGUGGUAUGAGCUUCAACAACCUCCUGACUCAGGUGGCGCGCGGAACUUUGUAACCGGAGCCGGAGGGUUCCUACAGGCGGUGCUUUUCGGUUACGGUGGUGUGCGGAUAUAUCUGGACCGUAUGGAGGUGCGCGGAUACUUGGAGCCACCACCUGGCAGCAGUAAGCUUGUUAUCAAGGGGAUACAGUACCUCGGAGCGCUUAUCACCGUUGUGAGAACGGUAGACCAAUCGACACUAACCGUGACUCACGUCGAAAAACCUCUGACGAUAGAGUUCGACGAUAGGAAUGCCGUUGAUGAUGUCACGGUCAAUGCAACCUAUGCCCUGCGUAAUCGAACUGCCGUUGUCCGGUCAAAGAGCGUACCUUUCGGGCGGUGUCGUCUACCGGAAGAUCUCAUCGGAGCCUAACAUUAGGCAAACAAACAAAUCAUCAUUAAAAAAUGACCUAUAAAAACG